UUAAUGCGGGUUUGUUUCUAAGACGGAGCUACUUCCAAUAUGGCGGCUCUGAGCAAAAAAAGAAAAAUGUUAGAAAUCUAAUCCUAAUUCUAAAUUCUUAAUUGAACGUUUACGGACUGACUAUGGUGUUCUCAACAUUCAGAUCUGCCAAAGCGCUGCAGAUUACACUGGCAGUAGUUAAACCGGAUGCUGUGGCAAAUCCUGUCAUACUUGAGGCUAUCCAUCAGAAAAUUCUGGAGAACCAGUUUUUUAUUGUGAGGAAUAAAGAUUUAAUUUGGAGAAGAGAGGACUCUGAGAGAUUUUACGCAGAGCAUGCAGGAAGAUUCUUCUACCAGAGACUAGUUGAAUUCAUGUCCAGUGGGCCAAUGAGGGCCUAUAUUUUGGCCCGAGAGAAUGCGAUUGGUCACUGGAGGGAACUGAUGGGGCCCACGAAAGUGUUUCGAGCUCGUUACACAGCUCCUGAGUCCAUACGGGGUGUCUACGGACUGACAGACACCAGGAACACAGCACAUGGCUCAGACUCUGCAGAAUCUGCCACCAGAGAAAUCUCCCACUUCUUCCCAGACUUCAGCAUGAAGCUAUGGAUUGAGAAGGAAGAGCCCCUAUUCAGGGCAGGGGACAUUGUCUAUGAUGAGCAAAAACAGGUUCACACUGCUAAAGAGGGUCUUUGACGAGAGCUGUGUUUCUCCUUCCGCUAGCUAUCCCAGGUUUCAUGUAGUCGGUACAGCUGGAUAUGAAGUGGGGAAGGAACCUGAGAUAAUCUGCUGUAUCCAGGCAGCAGGGAUAAGACUGCUGGAGGCAAGAAGGUUAAAGACAAUCAAGUGUGAUUUAUAAGUGAUGUGUUUGUUCAUUAACUUGUCCUGUGUGAACAAGGGUUAUUGCUGUGAUUAAAAUCUCAUCUACAGGUGACUGAAACUCAUUUGUAGUAAAGAAAAUGGUCAUUCAGGCGGAUUUGCCAGUACAGGCACAAUGUUAAAGCAUUGCUAACCAGUGCUUUAAAAUCCAUGUGCUUCCCUUAUUAUGUUGUGUUGAAAAUGUCAUUUAAUUGAAGUGUCCCAGUUUGAGGGGAACCCUACAGGUAAAUAUGUGAUUAAACAGUAAAAGGAAAAUCUGAAACGGGUGUAAUAUGACUAUAGUAUUGUUUACCUUAGUAAAUUAAAGUUGCAGCACAGUGGAACAUAUGGGCCAAUAUCACCCCUGCUCUUGGUUUUUUGCUUGUUUCUUUUGCCUUAAUUCAGGACAUUAUAAGUUACUUCAUGGUACCAUAUUCCUUCUUGUUUUCUUAGGCAGAUUUACUCCAAGUGCUGUAACUGCAGUUGUAAAGCAUUGGAUAUCAGUCACUUACUGUAAGAUGUCAUUGGUUUUGCUGUUGCAACAUUCAUCAGUACUAAAAAAAUCCAGUCUGUAGUCUCCUAGUCUGUACAACCAGAUGUGGCAUACAAUUUGAUGUUUACAAACUCUCCCAAAUAAAGAGAUG